AGGAGCUGGUUAAAGGUGAAGUGAGGAAGACCUGCUUUAUAAACGCACUUUACCACACACCGACGACUCGCUGACAUUGUUGACAUUAGGGAUAACUCGAAUUGCGUAUUUCUGCAUUCAGGCACACACUCGCUUCCUAACACAUUAGCAUUAGAUCGAGGAGGUUUAAAAGUCGCGCGCGAUCAUGAGCGGAUCCCCGAGGCAAGAGUUUUUGACGCAGUCCAGUAUGUCCAUAACAAAGAAACAGUCGAGCACGGACUCGUCCGACUCGAACGCCUGGGAUAGUUUGGGCAGCCCGACUCUUCUGUGGUCUCCCAGCUCCGGGAUUCCUCUGCAGGACGGCCUGUACAUGGACGCGCGGUUCCCGGUGCAGAACAUGCCGAUUCAGACCGAUGUGGUUUGGAAACGACCAAAGGAGAUGUGUCCGUUUCCCCAGUUUAUAGUGGAUGGAGCCACACGCAUGGACGUCUGCCAGGGAGUUCUGAGUGAUUGUUGGUUCUUGUCUGCCGUGGCGUCUCUCUCUCUCUACCCUUCCCUUCUGGAUCGUGUCGUUCCCUCAGGCCAGGGUUUUCAGAAGGGCUACAACGGCUGCUUCUAUUUUCAGUUUUGGCAGUAUGGUGAGUGGAAUCGGGUGCGAGUCGAUGACCGCUUGCCCACACGUGACGGUCAGCUGAUCUAUCUACAUUCAUCAAGCAGAGAGGAAUUCUGGAGCGCUCUGCUGGAGAAGGCUUAUGCCAAGAUGAAGGGUGGCUAUAACGCUCUGAACAUGGGUUUCCCUCACGAGGCGAUGGUGGACAUGACAGGUGGGAUCACGGAGGUCUUCAUGUGUGCGUCUCUCCCUCGGGCGCUGGGCUCGUUCCUGCGUUCCCUGCUGCAGAAAGGAGCUCUGAUCAACUGUGCUAACUCACAGGGUCCCCUUGAGAAGAGCAAUGGGUUUGGGAUUUUGUUCAGACAUGCCUAUUCUGUGACAGGCCUGGAGACGAUCAAGAGUACAAUCGGUCCAGUUGAGCUGGUGCGGAUCAGGAACCCGUGGGGGAAAACUGAGUGGGAGGGGGCCUGGAGUGACAAAAAAGGCAUUAAGUGGAAUAUGGUGAGCGCUGAAGAGCAGAGGCGUGUGCAGAGAAUCCAGAAGGAUGAUGGGGAGUUCUGGAUGUCUCUGGCAGACUUCCGGCAGAACUUUGAGAUAAUGGAGGUUUGUCACCUGAGUGAAGAUACACUGAGUGAAGGCGGGGUCAAAAAGCCCUGGAAAUGUACACCACAUCAUGGACAGUGGACGCCUCUGCAAGGGCCGCCUCAGUUUAACCUGACCCUGUUAGAGGAGGACGACGACCCCAGUGACCCUGAACUAACGUGCUCAUUCCUGUUGGCACUCAUGCAGAAACACACUCGUCAGAGAGGAAUGCUGUUCCCCGUCGGCCUGCACAUAUACAAGGCCCAAUCCGAGCGUGAUUUCCUCUCCACCCGGGACGUGUCUCAGCUCAGUCCGGUCCUCAGCACCGUUAAAGAUCAUGGUUACGUCCCGCGGAGGGAGCUUGUGCUCCGCGGUCGCCUGGCACCCGGUCAUUACAUCAUCAUUCCCUGCGCUGAAGAGACCAAUCAGGCGGGAGAGUUCCUCCUGAGAGUCCUGACCGAGAAAGGGAACGCCAUCAAAGCUGCUGUGAGACCUGGAAUAGAUGCAACCUCACCUACACCGCCGCUGUCUCCACGUCUCGCAGGUCUGCCGUCUAUAAACGAAGCCAAGGUUCUCUUCGUGAAACACUGUGUCAAGGGCUCGUACUGUAGGCCCCUGGAUCUGCAUAACCUGCUGACUGAAGCCAUUGCAAAGGGAGUUUUCGCAGGUAGUGAGAAGAAACUGAGUUUGGAGCAAUGCAAGAGUUUUGUGGUGCUCAUGGACAGCCAAGGAAUGGGUCGACUCGAUUUGCCAGAGUUCCAGGCAUUGUGGGAAAAACUCCGGAAGUGGACGGGUAUUUUUAUGACAUUUGACAAAAACAAGAACCAAUCGCUGGAUUAUCAAGAAAUCUCCCCCGCUCUGUCAGCAGCAGGCAUACAGGUGGAUGAGUUCAUACUGCAGCUCAUCGGCCUGCGCUACACAGAGCCAGACAUGACCGUCAGCUUCCCGGGAUUCCUCUUCCUGCUCAUGAAACUGGACUGCAUGAUGCGCAAGUUUCAGUCCUUUGAUAUGACGGGAAUGGGAAUGAUUUCAGUGAAUUGCAGACAGUUUCUGCACAUGACCAUGUACAACUGAUUCCAGACCAGCUGCAGGAAAACAACACACAUCUGC